GUUAACCUAUAUUCCCCCCUUGGUUUUUUAUUUUCUCGCACAGAAAAGAAGGGUUUUCGUUCGCACAGUGCUCACUCGCUUCAUUCUGUUCCUACUCUCGCUGAUCGUCAUCCAUGGCUGAACCACGCGCCGCCUCCGACACUCGCCUCAACCUCUCCGUCGCACCGCCAUUGCAGAUCUCCAAAGAUGUCCAAGGAUCUGACAAUCCCAUUCCACUCUCACCACAGUGGCUUCUGCCAAAGCCAGGGGAGAGUAAACCUGGAUCGGGAUCUGUGGAGAACCAUGUGGUCUCAAACUCACCAUUUGGCAAUCGCUCAGAGACUGUUAAGACAUCUGGAAAGGGAGAGGAUGUUCAUGAUGCCCAUAAGAAAAAGGAUGUCUUUAGGCCAUCCAUGUUUGACUCAGAAAGUGGACGUCGUGACCGUUGGCGUGAUGAGGAGAGAGACACUAAGUCCUCUGUCCGGAAGGAUCGUUGGAGGGAUGGAGACAAAGACCUAGGUGAUUCUCGAAGAGUGGAUCGAUGGACAGAUAAUUUGUCCACAAAGAACUUUGCAGAAGUACGCCGUGGUCCAUCUGAUAAUCAUAGAUGGAAUGAUUCAGGAAAUCGAGAAACUAACUUUGAUCAGCGGCGUGAGAGUAAGUGGAACACACGCUGGGGUCCUGAUGACAAGGAGCCAGAAGGCAUUCGUGAAAAAUGGAGUGACUCUGGCAAAGAUGGUGAUAUACAUUUGGAAAAAGGCUUGCCUAACAUUUCCAAUCAAGGAAAGGAUGAGAAGGAGGGAGAUCACUAUCGGCCAUGGAGACCUAACUACUCACAAAGUCGUGGAAGGGUAGAGCCUUCCCAUACGACACCAAACAAACCAGCCUCUACAUUUUCCUAUGGGCGUGGCCGCGGGGAGAAUACAUCCCCAGUCUCUAGUCUUGGACAUGGUCGGGCUGGUUCUUUUGGUAGUUCUUUGAGUAGCACAUACCCUGGAACUGCAUUGGAAAAAGUCGAAAGCGGGCAUGAAGAAAAUCACCCCUUUAAAUAUAAUAGGACAAAAUUGCUUGAUGUGUACAGAAUGACUGGUAUGGGUACAAAUAGAAAACUAGUUGAUGAUUUUGUGCAAGUACCUAAUCUUACUCAGGAUGAACCAGUGGAGCCUCUUGCUUUGUUGACACCAAAUUCCGAGGAACUGACUGUCUUAAAGGGUAUUGACAAAGGGGAGAUAAUUAGCAGCAGUGCACCCCAGGUGCCAAAAGAUGGAAGGAGCUCAACAGAUUUUACUCAUACAAGACGAAUGAAACCUGGUAGUGCACCUUUCCAAGAUAGAGGUGAAGAUGGAGGUUCUUACAAAGUGCCUGAUGAGGUGUCCAGCAAUAGAGAUUCAUCCUUUGAAGGAAAUAGCUCUGUUCAUCCUGGUGCUCCACGGCGAACAAUGCUGUUGGGCGAACAUGCUACCACCCAGUUUCAUGAUAGCAGAGAUGUAACUAGUGAUGUUAGAUUAAGAAAAGGAGAUCUGAACUCACACCAGCCAAAAGAUCCUCAUAAUCAGUGGGAAAAUAAUUUGGGUUAUUUAUCUGACUCCAAAGAAGUAGGUAAGUGGCAAGCUAACGAAGAUCCUGUAAUUAAGAGGCAGUUAUCUGGCAUUUUGGACAGUGAACUUGAAACCAGGAGAGUUCCUCAGACUGCUCCAGAGGAGUUAUCGCUUUUAUAUAAAGAUCCUAAGGGUCUAAUCCAAGGUCCAUUUAAAGGAAUUGAUAUUAUUGGAUGGUUUGAGGCAGGAUAUUUUGGUAUUGAUUUACCUGUUCGUCUGGAAAAUUCAGCGGUGGACUCACCGUGGUUUUCUCUUGGUGAUGUCAUGCCUCAUUUGCGAGCUAAAGCCCGACCACCACCUGGGUUUUCUGCACCAAAACUGAAUGACUUUACAGAUGCUCCUGGCCGGCAAAUUUCCAAUACUUUUGGGAAUACGCUUGCUGGUUUGAAUGAGGUUGACAUUUUGAGAAGUGAUUCUAGGCACAGGCAGGGUUCGGAUACUGAAGCUGAAAAUAGGUUUCUGGAGUCACUUAUGUCUGGUAGCAAGAAUAGUCCUCCCCUUGAUAGCCUGACAUUAUCAGAAGGUUUACAAGGGUUUGUUGGAAAUAAUCCUGGUAAUAUGGGCCCAUCAGGAGUUGAUAGUGGAAAUAAUCUUUACUUGCUUGCCAAGAGGAUGGUGCUUGAACGGCAGAGGUCCUUACCACCCAAUCCCUACCCGUAUUGGCCAGGGCAUGAUGCAGCUUCAUUUGCUCCAAAAUCGGAUGUUGUACCAGAUGCAUCAUUGCAUUCAAAACUAUUGUCUUCAGUGAGUGAUAACUCUCGUCAACCUCAGUCCCAAAAUUCGGAGUUAAUGUCAAUCAUCCAAGGAUUAUCCGAUAGGGCUUCUGCAGGCUUAAAUAAUGGUGCUGCUGGAUGGCCAAAUUAUCCCUUGCAAGGUGCAUUGGAUCCCCUACAGAACAAAAUUGACUUGCUUCAUGAUCAGAAUUUUCCUCAAAUGCCAUUUGGGAUUCAACAACAAAGACUGCCGACACAAAACCAAUUGUCUUUAAGCAAUUUACUGGCUCAAGCUGGUGAUAACCCAUCUAACACUUUGGCAGCAGAGAAGCUACUUUCUUCAGGUUUAUCACAAGAUCCACAAAUAUUAAAUAUGCUGCAACAGCAAUACUUGUUGCAACUGCAUUCUCAAGCACAGCAGAUGCCCUUGAUUGAUAAACUCCUGUUGCUGAAGCAGCAACAGAAGCAGGAGGAGCAGCAGCAGUUACUGCGGCAACAGCAACAACUGCUUUCACAAGUGUUGCAAGACCAACAGUCUAGCCAGCUUUUUAACAAUUCAUCUUUUGGACAGUUGCAAGGUGUAUUACCCAUGGGGAAUUUGUAUGCUGAUCCUUCUCAACUUCAACAACCACAAGAGAUCUUUCCUAUAAGCUCUCAGAUGCCAAUUCCCAGUGUGCAUAAUGAGGAUAGUUCUAAUUCUUUGAAUUUACCACUGAAUGUUAGUCAAGACACAAGUGGUAAUGUAAGCAGUGAAGCUUCUAUACGUCUGCCUCACCAAUUAUUUGGGGCUACUAGUCCAGAAAAUUGGGGCCCUAGUCUUACUGAACAAAUUAAUGAAAAGUAUCAGAAUGAAAUUUUCCCCAUAUCAACUCUUGUUGAGUGCUCUCCAUUGCUUGAUCAGAACAGACCCAAAGAGGAACCACACAUUGGUCCAGAACCUCAUUCUCUUUCUGAUUACGCUGCUAAGUCAGUGGAGCAGUUGCCACCUAGCCAUUUUACGCCUGAUGUCGUGACCUCAAUUUCUAAGCCAGAUGAGAACUCUGGACAUCUACAGUGUGUUGCACCCACCAUUGCCUCAUCUUCAGCUGGAUCUAACAGGAUUGAGUUACCGCCUGCGAGUGAUCCUGGUAUGGAGGUGAAGACCAAAUCAGAUAUUGUGCAUCAAGAGCAACAUUCUGGAAGAGACAGCUCUGUAUCUGAUCCCUCUCCGGCAGACAUACGAAGCAUUGAAGCUCAUGAACCCAAAAAGGCUACUGAGAAGAAAUCUAAGAAGCAAAAAUCAGCCAAAUCUCAGUCUUCUGAUCAAAUAAAGGGAGUGCUAAAAAAUGUGACUUCGCAGCCAUCAAAUCAGCCAGAAGCUGAAAUACCAAAAUUAAGCGAGUUGGGGGAAGCCUACAGGGCUGAAUCAUUACAUGAAACAAAUAUGCAACAAACAAGAGUCAAGGGAACUCAGAUUGGAAGUGCAGUCAUAGAGGCUGUUGAUCACCAACAAGCUGGUGGCUGGCCUGCUAUUGUUGCUGGAAACCUCACUGAAACAGUUGAUGUGGGUGAGGCCAAGGCAGCUAGCUCUAUUUCGAUGCAGAAAGUUGAAGUACCUGCAGGACGAGCUUGGAAACCGGCUCCUGGUUUCAAACCAAAAUCUUUCUUAGAAAUUCAACAGGAAGAACAGAGGAAGGCAGAGACUGAAAUACUUGUAUCUGAUAUUGCUGUUUCUGUCAAUUCAAUGAGUCUGGUAAGUCCCUGGGCUGGGGUUGUUUCCAAUCCAGACUCUGUGAAUGUUUCUAGUGAAUGUCACAAAGGAGUCCAUACAGAAUAUCCUGUUAAAUCUGAAACUUCUCAAAAUCUUAAGAGCAAGAAAAGUCCUCUACAUGAUCUAUUAGCAGAAGAAGUUUUAAAAAAAUCUAAUGAAAUAGAAGCUGAGGUUCCAGAUAGUAUAUUGCCCUCACAUAAUAUAGCUGCACAUUCAGAAUCACUGGAUGAUGGCAAUUUUAUUGAGGCAAAAGAUACUAAAAGAAGCCGAAAAAAGUCUGGAAAAUCAAAGGGUUUGGGAACUAAAGCUUCAUUGCCCGUUGCAUCUUCCGAGGCACCUAUAGCUUCAAGCCCCAUUGAAAAGGGAAAAAACUCCCGUUCAGCACAGCAGGAGAAAGAAGAAUUGCCUGCCAUCCCUGCAGGACCCUCUCUGGGAGAUUUUGUUCUUUGGAAAGGAGAGCGAGAACAACCAAGCCCAUCUCCUUCUCCAGCAUGGUCUACUGAUUCUGGCAGGGUUCCAAAACCAACUUCAUUAAGGGACAUUCUGAAGGAGCAGGAGCGAAAAGGCUCUUCUGCACUUCCUGUGACUGUGAGCCCAAUGCCUCCCCCUCAGAAAUCUCAGCCUCCUCAGUCUACAUGGAGUACUGUUUCCUCACGGUCAAUUUCAGCAUCCUCUCCAUCUAAAAAUGCUUCUCCAAUUCAGAUAAAUUCCCAAGCUUCUCAAUCAAAGUACAAAGGGGAUGAUGACUUGUUCUGGGGUCCAAUCGAGCAAUCUAAGCAAGAUACUAAGCAGUCAGAUUUCCCUCAGCUUGCAAGCCAGGGUAGCUGGGGUUCGAAAAAUGGACCCUUAAAAGGUAAUUCUCCUGGAUUAUUGACAAGACAAAAAUCAGUGAGUGGCAAACCAACUGAACGGUCUCUAGCAUCAUCACCUGCCUCUUCUCAAUCAGUGCUGAAAUUGAAAAAAGAUGCCAUGACAAGGCAUUCUGAGGCCAUGGACUUCAGAGAUUGGUGCGAGAAUGAGUGUGUUAGGCUUAUUGGGACAAAAGAUACGAGUUUCCUUGAGUUUUGCUUGAAGCAAUCCAGAUCAGAAGCUGAGAUGCUUCUUAUAGAAAACCUUGGAUCAUAUGAUCCUGACCAUGAAUUCAUUGAUAAAUUCCUCAAUUACAAGGAGUUGUUACCAUCAGAUGUUUUGGACAUAGCUUUUCAGAGUAGUAGGAAUGAUAAGAAAGUUACUCGACAUGGUGCGGCAGGCACGGCAUCAGCUAAUGCAGAUAUACAGGAUGUGGACUACACUGAAGGAGGAUCCUCCAAAGGAGGUGGAAAGAAGAAAGGGAAAAAGGGGAAAAAGGUCAGCCCUUCAGUUUUGGGAUUUAACGUUGUGAGUAACCGGAUCAUGAUGGGUGAGAUCCAGAGUGUAGAAGAUUAAUUUAAUUGAGGUUGUUACUGUAGAUGUACAUAUAUUUUGGUCGGACUUUGUAAAUGGUUUUUUACGUUUUUAGGCGUUGUGUUCUUUUUUUAUACAGAAACAUUAGCAGCGUUUAUUGGAUCUGCUUAACCAAUUUUGUUAUCUAAUGUAGUUGUUUUGACGUUUCAUUGCUUUGACAAUGAUUUUAAUCUUAUCUGUCAGUCUUACCGUGUUUCAAUUCA